AUGUCAUGGUUGAAAAAACACAAUCCCCAAAUUUCGUGGGAAAAACAUACACUCAUUUUUAAUUCCUUGUAUUGUUCCAACAACUGUCUAGCCAUACCUGCGGUUCUAGAACUUAAAGCAGUAGAGGAAAUCCCGUUACCUUACCAAGAAUUUUCUAAAGUUUUUUCUGAGGAAGAAUCGUCUAAAUUGCCGCCUCAUCGCCCUUACAAUAUUGCUAUUGAAUUACUCCCUGAUGCAAAACCUCAACAUGGCCCCAUAUAUAGUCUAGGUCCCAGGGAAGAUACAGAACUUAGGGAAACCAUCGAAAAGCAACUAAAAGCGGGGUUGAUUUGUCCAUCUAAAUCCCCCAUGGCUUCCCCAAUAUUAUUUGUCAAAAAGAAGAACGGGAAAUUACGCAUGUGCGUAGACUAUCGACGAUUGAAUAGCAUGACCAAGAAGAACGCUUAUCCCCUGCCCUUGCCACAAAACCUUAUUGAGAAACUACAAGGUGCUAAGAUCUUUAGUAAAUUUGAUCUUAGGGCAGGCUACAACUUAGUCCGAAUCAAAGAAGGCAAUGAAUGGAAAACCGCUUUCAAAACUAAAUACGGAUUAUUUGAAUACUUGGUUAUGCCUUUUGGAUUGACAAAUGCGCCGGCAGCCUUUCAGGACAUGAUGAACGAAAUAUUCAGAGAUCUCUUGGACGUUUAUGUCAUCAUCUACUUGGACGAUAUUCUAGUCUUCUCUCUGAAUGAAAAAGAUCAUGAAGCCCAUGUGCGAGAGGUACUUAAAAGGCUACAGGAUAAUGACCUUUUCUGCAAUAUUGAGAAAUGCCAUUUCCACGUCAAGAAAAUCGAUUAUCUAGGGUUUAUCAUAUCUGAAUUUGGUAUAGAAGUUGAUCAAUCAAAAGUCACAGACGCCCUGAAUUGGUCAACACCUAAGAAUGUCAAAAACAUCCAAGAAUUCUUAGGAUUUGUGAACUUCUAUAGACGGUUUAUCCCUAAUUUUGGAAAUAUGGCACGACCACUGUACAAUUUGCUCAAGAAAGAUAGUAGUUGGAGAUGGGAAUCAGCAGAACAGCAAUCUUUUGACGGCCUUAAAAAAUGUCUUACUUCAGCGCCCUUGCUUUUACAACCUGACACCACAAGACAAUUUUAUGUGGAAUGUGACGCAUUGGAUUAUGCCACUGGAGCAAUACUAUCCCAACGCAACUCUGAAGGGAAAUUGGCUCCAGUAGCCUAUCUGUCCAAAUCCUUAUCCCCUGCCAAAAAAAAUUACAAUAUCUUUGACAAGGAAUUGUUGGCGGUCAUUAGGGCAUUUAAAGAAUGGCGUCAUUUACUGGAAGGAUCAGAGUUACCAGUCCAAGUUCUAACAGAUCAUAAGAAUUUGGAGUAUUUCUCUACGUCACAAUCCCUGAACAAACGUCAAAUUCGAUGGGCAAAUUUCUUAGUAGACUACAAUUUUCAGAUUAUCUACAGGCCUGGAGCACAGAACAAGAAGGCAGACAUCCUCUCAAGACGCUACGAUUUGAUACCCCUUGAAGGGGGGGUAGAGAACCAAGUUCUCUUAAAACCGGAACUUUUCAUUUCAUCCAUUACUCCGGAUCAAGAAAUCAAUGAUCUAAUUGGCAAGGCAAUCUAUGAGGAUAACCGCCUUAGGGAAAUUCUGCAGAAACUCCAGAACAAAGAAAAAGUCAUAGAUUGGGAAUUGAAAGAGGGCUUACUGUGGUAUCAAGGGAAAAUAUUUGUACCAAAGGAUGAAACCAUCAGAAAUCUCAUUUUGGAAUCCAGGCACGACGCAUUAGCCACAGGUCAUCCAGGACAAGCCAGAACAUUGGAACUUAUCUCCAGAAAUUAUUACUGGCCAUCCCUGAAGAAAUUUGUGAACUCUUACGUCAGUCAUUGCGAGACAUGCAUCCGGUCCAAACCUACAAAUCAAGUUCCCACAGGCCUAUUAAAACCAUUACAAAUCCCUGAACGGCCCUGGGAAGAUAUAGCAUACAACAUGAUUGUAGGACUACCAGUUUCAGAAGGCUUUGAUGCUAUCCUUACCGUCAUUGAUCGAUUUUCAAAAAUGGUACACUUUAUCCCCACCCAAUCCACAGCAUCCGCCAUCGACGUUGCCAAUUUAUUCAUCACGUAUGUAUGGAAACUACAUGGUUUACCCAGGAGCACAGUUUCAGACAGGGGUCCCACAUUUAACGCCAAAUUCAUUCGUCAUUUGUAUAAAAGGCUGGACAUUAAGCCAACAUAUUCCACGGCAUAUCAUCCACAAACAGACGGACAGACAGAACGCAUCCAAAGGGAAGCUGAAAUCUUCAUACGUAUGUUUGGUAAUCAUUGUCAAUCAGACUGGGUGUCACUAUUGCCAUUGGCCGAAUUUGCCUUAAACAAUUUAAAACAAACUUCCACAGGGAAAUCCCCAUUCCAAAUAUGUUAUGGCUAUAACCCAAGAUUUACAGUGGGACAAAAGUCAGACGAAUCAGUCCCAAACGCAGAUGAACAUGCGGAAUUCUUGGAAAAGGGCUAUGAUGAAGUCAAGGCAGCGUUAUCAAUGUCCCAAGAAAGGAUGAAACACUUCUAUGAUCAACGUCACAAGGAGGAAGAAGGGAUUCAAGUAGGGGACAAAGCUUGGCUAAGUCAUCAAAAUAUAUCCACUGAUAGACCAUCUAUCAAGUUGAGCCACAAAAAGUUAGGCCCCUACUUGGUAAUUGAAAAAAUUGGUUCACAUGCGUAUAAGUUACAACUACCCCACACUAUGCGCAUACAUCCAGUCUUUCAUAUCAAUCUCCUGACAAAAUUCCGCCCCGACCCCCACGGACGUGAUCCUCUUCAACCUGCACCAAUCAUCACAGAAGAAGGUGAAGAGGAAUACAAAGUAGAAAAAAUCCUGGAUAGCAAGUGGAAAGGACAAGGGAAAACAAAGAAGUUAUGGUACCUGGUCAAAUGGAAAGGAUAUGACGAAGGAAGUAAUUCAUGGGAACCAAUAGACAAUGUGGGAAAUGCACAAGAAGCUUUAGAAGAAUUUCACAAGGAACACCCUGACGCAGUUGGAGCUUGA